GGCGCGUAGCGAACUCCGGGGGGUGACGGGGACCGCGCAGCCGCCUUCUCCGCCUCCUCCCUCAGUCCGGGGCCGAGACACUCUGGAGUGGUCAGCGCUCUCCCUCGUAGGGAACCCCGAAAUCCGGGUGACGCUGUGCCAUUCGCGAGUAGAGGAGCUGGAGCCGGUGAGGGCAGCGCGGCGCUCCCUGCCCACUGCCGUCGGACCCCCACUCCGUACCCUCAGACUCCCUGCGCGGCGCCCCCGUGGCCCGGGCAGGCUGCGGGUCGCGCCCCUCUGCCUGAGCUCCCCCGCGCUGCUGCGGUGGUUGAUUGGCGCCGCGGGGAGUUUGCUCGGGAAGGCGGGGGGAGAGUUUGCCGGCGGGGGGUGGUUUCCCCCUUCCCUGACCGGGCUCAUUGGCUAGACGGAGCCGUGGCAGGAAGGGGACAGAGACCACGCGAGCUCCGCCCCGCACCAAUAGAAACCUAUCGAAGGGUAACCCGAGCCCAGAGAAACCCGCGGCGGCGGUGCCAGCACCCAGCCGCCGCGGUCUGGACCGGCUUUCUGCAGGGGCGACCGGGGGCGCAGGGGGUGCGCGGGCGGCGGCCGCGCCAUGCAGUACCAGCCGCCGGGCGCGGCGCCGGCGGCGGCGGCAGCCCUGGGCGUCGGCGUCCCGCUGUACGCGCCCACGCCGCUGCUCCAGCCCGCGCACCCCACGCCCUUCUACAUCGAGGACAUCCUGGGCCGCAGCCCCGCCGCCGCCCCGGCCCCCCACUCCCUGCCCGCCCCGCCGCCGCCGACGCUGCCGUCGCCCAACUCCUCCUUCACCAGCCUGGUGUCCCCGUACCGGACCCCCAUCUACGAGCCGACCCCCAUCCACCCGGCCUUCUCCCACCACCUCGCCGCUACCUACGGCACCGGCGCCUACGCCGGGCCCCUCUACUCCUUUCCCCGCGCCGUCGGCGACUACGCGCACGCCCUGAUCCGGCAGGACCCCCUGGGGAAGCCGCUGCUGUGGAGCCCCUUCAUCCAGCGGCCGCUGCACAAGAGGAAAGGGGGGCAGGUCCGCUUCUCCAACGACCAGACCAUCGAGCUGGAGAAGAAGUUUGAGACACAAAAAUACCUCUCUCCGCCGGAGAGGAAGCGGCUGGCGAAGAUGCUGCAGCUCAGCGAGAGACAGGUCAAAACGUGGUUUCAGAAUCGCCGAGCCAAAUGGAGGCGUCUAAAGCAGGAGAACCCUCAGGCUACCAAAAAAGAAGAAGUAGAAGGUGCUGACAGUCACAGUGACCAAAGACCGGAGAGCUGCCCGACUCCAGAGCAGAAGGGUAAGGAGGUCUCCCUGGAUGGCUCUCAGUACACCCCCUCACCAGCCUCACAGGAGGACCUGGAGUCAGAUGUCUCUGACGACUCAGAUCAAGAAGUGGACAUUGAAGGUGAUAAAGGCUACUACAAUUCUACCCACUAAUGGCCCCAUGUGAAGAGUGGACCCUAACUCAGCUUGCACUUUACCAAGGGCUGGUUUGGAAGGAUAUUAUGCUACAGGAGAAAACUUUCACCAUUCCACUGAAAAAUACCCAAACAAACAACAAAAACCAACACAACACCAAAUAGACUCAUUUUAUAAUAAGCAGAGAAAGACAGAUAUAUUUUCUGCAAACAGUCCAUUUUUGGCAGUUCUCUAAUUUGGUUUAAAGAACAUGGUUUGUAUUUAAUUAUUUGUAAAAUGUUUUUGUACAUUAAUCGAUGUUCUGACUGGAAUAUAAUACUGCACCCUGUUCUUACUCACAGGAGGUCUGAAUCAGCUGCUGUUAGUGAUCAGGCAAAACUCCUGAUCUAGUGUGGAAGUGAGUAUGGACUACAGGACUAAAGCCUUUGUAUGUGUAAACCAAUGUACUUUAAAUAGAUUAAUUUAAACGCCCUUUGCAAGCAGAGAAACGUUCUGUGAAAUAGGGAGGGAUUUGACAUCCCAUGAAGUGCCUUAUGCUCACACCCUUUUACCUGCUGUGGUGUUCUCCUCUGAGACAUCCCUCCAUUCAUGAGGUAACCUCUUUGGAGAGAUUAAUUUUUGCUCUUGUUUGAGAUGAAAUGUGCCUUCUCAGAUUUUUGAGGACUUUUCCCCACAGUCUUGAUGGUUCCAUUUACAGGGAAAAAAAAAAAAAACCCAACCAUAUUUUUCUCCUUUAAAAUCUCUAGCACUGUUUUUCUACAGAUUUCAUACUUGAGAAAAAAAUGUGGGGAGUGAUAGGGCCGUGGUGCAGGAAAGAAAAUGGCAUCAGCUGUGGGGGAUGAGGCACACAGCUGUAGGAAGAUAACGCCUAAUUGUAUACAUAUCUGCUUCUGUACAUACUAGUUUUCUUUAAGUCUUACGGUUUUAUACCUCACAUUGUUCAUAUUUUGUACAUAUUUGUUCAGUGUUUAAAAACAAACAAACAAACCCCCCAAACCUGGUAUUUAAUUUUUGAUGGACUUGUCUGUGAAAUAAAACUAAACUCUGCACCA